UUAUAUAAAGAAUUAUUAUACAUAGAACAAUUUUGAAAUCAACAAAAAUAACUGUUCAUUUGUAAAUAGUAAAUUCAGCAUCCCAAUUUUGAUCAAUUCUCAGUAUUGGUAUAUGGUUAACAGAUAUUUUUACACAUGGUUAGGUACACACAGGUGAAGGGAAAGGAAAAUAUCAGUAAUUUUCAUGAAACAGAAAAUCCCUGGAGAAAUAGGUCUCUAAGAAUAUUUACACAAUACAGAAUCAAAAACUGUUAGACUAGAACAAAAAGAUAAUUGUUGAUACAAUUAAUAUUUCAACAUUUUCAAUGCCACUGAAAGAGAAAGAUGAUUAUUGGCUGAUUGAUAUCCAUAGAAACAAGAAGCUGAUCCAAGAAUGAAAGAGUAGAUUGAUAAUCUUUUCUGUUCAGUUCAGUUCAGCAAUAGACUAACGAGCAAAAACUGAGAUUAUUAAUUCAAGUGUUUACUUAGAGAUGGUAAUAGAAAAAAUAUUUAAUCUGAAUUUAUUAAGGAUAAAGAACCUAAUGUGUUUGUUUUGCAUUUGACAAACUUAAGAAUUAGAAUGUCACUUUUGCUGUACUUCCCUGAGCCAGCCAGUCUCCACAAUGCUGACCUUAGAUGAAGCAGCAGAUAUUUUUUCAAUAAAUAGAUAAAUCUCCACAAUGCAUGCAGAAUAUUUCAUGACUUCAUGUAUUCUAAAAAAAAAUACAUAAAACUCAUAAACAGCAAACAGCAAGUGAUAAAUAUGGAAGGAAAAACAGGAAGCCGGUGUAGCCAUCAGAAAGAGUAACUAGUGGCUAUAAACUUUUACCAUGAUGAACACCCCGAAAAUUUACUGAAAACCUUUUUAUCAUCAGGGACAACAGUUACGUAAAUGCCAGCACAUAAUUAAAAAGUAUUUCUCUAGAUGUACCUAAAGACACCAUACCCAUAAAAAUAUAUAAAUUACAAUGCACUCUUGUGCAUUUUGAGAGCCUAUUAAGAAGUGCAUGCAUUAGAACUUAAUAAGUUUGAAUAGCAUGGAAUUCUGAGUACAAAGUUCUUAGUUGUCACUUCAUUACAAUGUUGAAAAACAGAUAAAGGAGACAGGAUGUUCUAACCUUGAAAGGAAAUGCAUGUUGCCAAGUCUCAUAUAAAUAUAGCAUUUAUUUAAAUUAACAUGGAACCAAUUUCUUUGUCAAUUAUAUAAUUUUACUCAUUCUCAAGGUAAUAGGAAAUCAUAAAUCUUAAGCAAUGCGCUGCUUUGCAGUAGUUUUAUAUUACUAUUAGGGUUAGUCAUUAUUACCUGUAUCAUGUAUGGUUUUAAUGAAUUUGUUAAGAACUAGAACUUAUUAACAAAACAUUCUACAUCAUACUUUGCAUCAAUAUGCAUUCAUAGCCACAAAAACACCUCAGAAACAACUUAACAAAACACCAUGAGAUAUGAACAAGAGAUAAGAAAUCACCCAGGUUCUUUCACCAAGAGAUAAGAUAGACGAUGCACUGACCACCAUGGAACAAACUGGGGUUAAAUGACCUCUGAAGUGACUGAUUCCUAUAAGUGUGUAGCAUUCAUAGAUUAUGUACAUACUGCACUCUCCUCCAAAGGGCGAGAAAGCGGAGAAGAGCGAUGCGGCGACGGGAGAGAGAAAGGAAGAGGAAGGAGAAACAUCCACUUCGAAAACAGAGGAGGAUUUUCUGGGGUUUUCUCCGGCCGUAGAGAAGAGUAAGCUGGAGAUGGCCCUGGUGAGCCGAGCGGAGGUGGCACAGGCAAAUGCCAUGGCUCGGCAACUCCAUGUGUACAAGCCAGGGAUUGACUUCGUACCUGGGGCCAGACUGGAGGUCUUAGACACAAGGGAUAAUAACUGGUAUCAGUGCAAAGUUGUGGAGGUGGACUGGGGUGAAUUAGACAUCCUCGUUCAUUAUGAGCGUUGGUCGAAUCGCUUUGACGAGUGGCUCAAGAUGGACUCCACGCGCAUUAGGCCGGUGGUUCGCAGUUCCUCAAGAAAGGAAAAAAAAGGUGGCAUAUUCCGCAUUGGUGACAAAGUGACGGCUCGAUGGGCAGCGGAUGGAAAGCGAUACCAAGCACGCAUCACAAAAGUGCUGGGAGAUGAUCAGUAUGAAGUGCUUUUCUUUGAUGGCGUAACAAAAGUCGUCAGAUCAGGAGCGCUGACGAAGUUCGAAAAAAGAUCCCCACGCGUCUUGUCAGAACACAGCAGAGACGGAGACGAGACGAGCAAUGAUGGCGGAAGCCCCAGAAAGCAGAGCAUGGGGGAGGACGAAGAGAUCAUGCUCCUGUCUCCAGCAGCGACGACUGCGAGCUCCACCGACUCAAGGCCUUCGAGCCCAGAGCCAGAUCAGACUGUGGGAGAGGCGGUUAAAGAAGAAGAAUUGUCUGAAGUGGAAGCCGUCACAACUCCCGUCAAAAAGAGUAUAUUUGAAGUGGAAAUCAUCGACCAGAAAAGAAAGCCAAAGCGAAAAGCAGCCGUAGAGGAGCUUUUCCAGUCCCUGAAAAAGAAGCGGAGAUACGAGUACCAUGGAAAGAAGGACGACACAUCCCCCAAGACGCCACACACGCCCCUUAGUUCCCAGGCCAAGAAGGCAUCAACCUCGAAGAAGAGAGGCAGAGACUCAAUGGGGAUUUAUGACGACGAUGGCACACCCCUCGCAGGAACCUCAAAAUCUUGGGAGCCACAACAGGAGACUGCGGAAAGUACUUCUUGUGAGAGCCCCAUGCCAUCGCAGUCUAUGAACACUGUCCUUCUGGACGUAGAAGACGGCUGGAAGAAAUGCUGCACAAGACGCACACAUGGUACAACGGCAGGGAAAUGGGAUAUGUUCUAUAUUACGUAA